AUGCCAAACUAUCACUUCGCGCCGCGCGGCUCGUUUGCAGUCAUUCUGCCUUCGACUAAUGUCGCCGUGGAAGCGGAAUACGGGCAAAUGCUGGUGCCGGGCAUUUCAUGGCACAGCGGACGCAUCCUCAUCAGAGACCCCGUGCUGGACAGUGAUGCGAAAUUUGAUCAAUUCAUGGUCGAUCUGCGCAAAGAGAUUGGCAAUGCAGUUGAAAAUGUGAUGACGGCACAGCCUGACUUCAUGGUCAUGGGUAUGUCGUCCGAGACCUUUUGGGGUGGAAAGGAAGGAGCAGCGAAAUUUGAAGCUCUGAUGAAAGACCUCUCGGGCGGGCUGGACAUUACAACGGGCGCCCAGGCGGUCAAUGCUGCGCUGGGGAAGCUGGGGGCCCGGCGGAUAGGGAUAAUCACGCCGUACCAGUCCUUGGGUGACGAGCAGGUCAAGGCGUACAUGACCGAAUGCGGCUUCGAAGUUACAGCAAUCCACGGGCUGAAAUGCAGCACAGCAAAGGCGAUUGCAGACGUGCAGCCCAAAGUGCUCAAGGAGGCAUUCCGCAAAGUCGACGGGCCAGACGUCGACGCGCUGAUUCAGGUGGGGACAAAUCUGUUCUGUGCUAAAGUAGCGGCCGAGAUGGAGAAGGAAGUGAAGAAACCGGUGAUUGCUAUUAAUACGGCGACAGUCUGGUGGGCAUAUAGGAGCCACGGUAUAGAGGACCAAGUGGCAGGAUUUGGGCGUCUGUUGGAAGAAUAUUAAUAUUGGCAUGGGGACCGUUGGAAGCACGCACGCCGGCACACGAAGAGCCUGGACCACAUGGCGACGCGGGCGCUUGGCCGACUGCUCCAAGGGACAGGAGACGAUGAUUUUGUGGCGGGACUAGGCCGGGCCCGUCUGGAGGGCGCGCCAUAUGGCUCUCUCGAGUAGGUAUGUGCUUGCACUUACAAGUCACAGUGCUCAGUGCUGCAAGUAAGCUCUGCCAUCUGCGCCGUCCAGUGUGAAUAGCCAAUUCCAAGUGUGCGCCUCUGCUCGGUACUCUU